AUGAAGCAUUUCGCGGAUGCACGAAGACGCGAUGUUCACUUCAGCGUUGGGGAUAUGGUCUUGGUCAAACUAAGACCCCAUCGUCAAAGAACGGUGACGGGUCAACCCAGUGGUUUCUCUAAAUUGGACAAACGGUUUUAUGGGCCGUUUCGGGUCAUUGAGCGGAUUGGGCCAGUCGCUUAUAAACUCCAGUUACCGGACACUGCUCGUAUACACCCUGUUUUUCACAUUUCACUCCUCAAACCUUUUCGAUCUUCAGAACCCGAUACUACCCCGUAUUGCAGUACGUUGCCCAGUCUUUAUGAGAACGACCAACUUGUGGUUACUCCGUUAGCUAUUCUUGAUACACGUCACUCUGCCGGAUCUGCACUCGAGGUUCUUGUACAAUGGCAAGGUUUGACUCCUGAUGACACCACCUGGGAGAACUGGGAUCAGUUGCGUGAAGAAUACCACCUUGAGGACAAGGUGCUUCCGGAAGGGGUGAAGGAUGAUAGCAAGGAAGCAGAAGGCAGACCCAAAAGGAAGAAGAAGAUACCAACAUACCUCAGAGACUUCGUUUGA